AUGUCAAACCUAGGAAAGAUUGAUUACUUUGGUAACACAUUAUUGAUCGGAGCAAUUACCUCGAUUCUGAUUGCGUUGUCGGGUACCGAUGUGGAAAGACCAUGGGAAUCUUGGCAGAGAUUGGUGCCACUGUUAUUGGGUUUUAUGGCUCUACCCUUAUACAUGAUUUUUGAGAACUCGCCAUUUUGCAAGCAACCCACAACUCCCUUGCGACUAUUCUCUCAUAGAACAUCGUCUUUAGCUUUUUUGCUCACAUUUCUUCAUGGAAUACUCUUAUACUGGGCCAGCUAUUUUCUUCCCGUUUACUUUCAAGCCGUCUUGAAAGAUUCUCCGCAGGAAUCGGGGGUCCAUACUCUUGCAGCAGCCAUACCAAUGGUUCCGUUUGGCAUUUUAGGCGGGUUUUGGAUUGCUAAAGUGGGACAUUAUAGACUCAAUCAAAUCCUAGGGUUUGUACUUGCUACUAUCGCCAUUGGAUGCUUCAGCAUUCUAAAUCAAAAGUCUUCUACAGCCGUUUGGGUGAUACUGCAGAUAGUUUUCGCAGCCGGUGCUGGAAUUGUGCUUACAGCUACAUUACCUGCAAUACAAGCACCGCUCCCAGAAUCUGACGUCGCGACUGCGACUGCAACAUGGGGAUUUAUUCAAAGUUUGGGAUUUGUUUGUGGUGUCGCCAUACCUUCCAGCAUCUUCGAAGCUAAAUUUAGAAGUAUGAUUUACACCAUUGAUGACGAUAGUUUGAAGAAGAUGUUCAGAGCUGGAGGUGCUUAUGAGCAUGCUUCGAAGGCAUUUAUCACAUCUUUGUCAGAGGAGUUGCAAACGCAAGUUGUGAAACUAUUUGUGGUCAGCUUGAAGCUUGUGUGGGAGGUUGGAUUGGCAUUUGCUAUCUUUGGAUUACUCGCAUCUUUUUUUGUGCAAGAUAUUGAGCUGAGGAGUAACCUGGAGACAGAUUUUGGAUACGGAGGAGAGACUGAAGCUACCAAAACUGAAAAGUCUCCAGCUGAUCUUCUGCAAUUGUAA